GAGCGAUCAACAUCACAACGAAAGCAACAGCCAGCAAGCUCACUUGGCUACCAGCCUACCACUAGUCGCGGUCGCAGCUUAGCCACUCGUUGACAUGGCCAGCAAGUCGGCCUCCCUGCUGAUCCUCGCGGCGCUGGUGGCGGCCGCGGCGUGCGCGGGCUCGGCAACGGCGCGCGGCGUCCCGGUGGCCGCGAAGGAGGACGCGGUGAAGCGGCCGGAGACGUUCCAGGAGGGGACGGUGCUGAUCCCGGGGAUCGGGCGGUACGAGCUGGGCACCCACUACAGGCCGGACAUCGGCGGGCUGGACCACAGCAUCCCGGCCGCCGCCAGGGCGCAGUUCAUCCCCGGCGCCGACGACACCUGGGUGCCCAACCCCGGGUUCGAGGUGCCCAACCCCUUCCGCCCCGCAGCCACCACGGAGUCCCCCUGAUGAAUGGAUCGAACUCGUCCACGUUACGCCCAUCGGUCGAUGGGUAGCUAGCCUGCUACAAUUCAAUUUCCGCUAGCUUUUGGUUGCUAUAAUAAAACUAGCUGCUAUACAUAGGCAAGGCAUGAGUAUGCGUGUAUCAGCGACUGCGUGCGAGCGCGCUGUCGACGUUUUGUGUGUGAUUGGAGAGUGUACCUGUAUGGGGUAUGCAUGGAUGCGUAAGAAGGAAGCAUCCGUUGCAUAUCUCGCUUUGCUUUGUUGUUGCCAAUAAUGUGUUUCAGUUCAAUGUAUUUUUCUUUUUAGUUCGAUAAAUUAAUGAUGAAGUACUAUGCAUGAUGAA